CUUGAAAUGGUAAAGUGUCCUUGGAGGAUGAGUUGGAAGCUUUUGAGUCCAAAAAAGAGUGUAAAGAUAAAAUUCUGCAACGCUCUAUGGUAAUUACCUAGAGUACCAUGUCUUUCCUUUUUCGAAUAUUUUUGUUUAUUUAUUUUUCUAAAAAAAACAGCUGAUUUAGUUGAAUGAGGCGCAGCACUCAUGGUUCCAACUCUGAAACCAGUUGCGGAAAGGUUGUAUAACCGUGGCAAUUCGUGGCUAAAACUCAAUUUUGCCCCUUAACAAAUUUGUCGCAAAGAGUAUUCAGAGCUGGGCAAAGAGAGAGCGUCUUCUCCUGAAUUAUUCAGUCGGCUUCGAGAUGAAUUCUACAAGCAAGGCAUGGUCGGUGGCAGCAAGUAUUGGAGUUGUGGAGACACUAAAAGAUCAAUUAGGCGUUUGUCGGUGGAACUACGUUCUCCGUUCAAUGAAUCAACAUCUUCGGAAUAACAUCAGAUCCAUUUCUCAGACCAAAAAUCUUUCCUCCUCCUCAUCGUCAGCCGCCACCGCAUCCUUCGGUAAAACGAAGCAGGCUGAGGAAUCGCUCAGGAUGGUCAUGUACUUGAGCUGUUGGGGUCCAAACUAGGUUUCUUGAAACCUAUUCGAUGGAUGGGUUGGUCCAAGACUAUUAAUAUAAGAGUAGAGAUGCAAAAAGAUGGUUAAUUGUAUUACCCCCAUCUUACUUGUAUAUAACAAUGUUCUUAAGCCUUAAAGGCUAAGUUACUCAAUCUGAAUAGACUUAAAAAUCAUUUACGGAACUAAUUUGUUGUUACUCUACUUACUGCAACUAAUCAAAACUAUGACUAAAAAAUCCUCCUAAUCUUCACA